CGACAUUUCGACAUUCAACAUUCUACAUUCUAUAUUUUACUUUCGACUUACUAGUUACACUACUUAGUAUUCUACCUAAUCCUCCAAGAUCACUCGACCUGACCAUCGAGUGGAUUUCCUCACUUCUUCAUUCCUUAUCCCCCACCUAACUCUACUACUCUUGUAUGCUCCGGUACCGCCAAUUAUUCAAGAUGGCCGAAACUGCUGCGAAGAAGGUCAAGACCUCCUCUCCCUUGAUCGGAACUCACAACGGUCACUUCCACGCCGACGAGGCCCUUGCCGUUUACCUUCUCCGUCUUCUGCCCACAUACUCAUCCUCUCCCCUCCUCCGGACCCGGGAUCCCGCCCAACUCGCUACCUGCCAUACCGUGGUCGACGUGGGCGGAGAAUACGACCCCGCCAACAACCGCUAUGAUCACCACCAGCGUACUUUCGCCACCACCUUCCCCAACCGCAACACCAAGCUCUCCUCGGCAGGACUAGUUUACAUGCACUUUGGUCGGGCCAUCAUCGCCCAACACACCUCGUUGCCCCUGGACCAUGAGGACGUUACCCUGUUGUACGAGAAGCUGUACACCGAUUUCAUCGAAGCUGUUGAUGCCAACGACAACGGUAUCUCCGCUUACGACCCCGCCGCCAUCUCCGCCGCCAACAUCGAGAAGCGCUUCAAGGACGGCGGAAUCACGAUUGCCUCCGUGGUUGGUGAUAUGAACAACCCGGACCCCACCUGCCCCCCCGGGGAGCCUCAGGACGAGGAUAGUCUGUUCGCCCGGGCUAGCACGUUCAUUGGAAACGUCUUUGCUCGCAAGUUGCACCAUGCCGCUUCCUCCUGGCUGCCUGCGCGCACAACCAUCGGUGCGGCUUACCGUUCCCGUCGGGAUGUCAACGCGUCGGGUCGGAUCAUCGUCUUGCCUCAGGGUGGUAUGCCCUGGAAAGAGCACCUCUACAACUUCGAGAAGGAAGCUUCGGGAUCCAACGAGAUCAGUGCUGAUGACCAGGUCUACUAUGUCCUGUAUCCUGAGAGUGCCACCGAGGGGUCUAAGUGGCGUGUGCAGUGCGUCUCCGAAAACGAGGGUAGCUUCGUGUCCCGCAAGCCUCUGCCGGAGGCGUGGCGGGGUGUCCGCGAUGCCGACCUCGAUGGCGUUAUGGCAGCGGAGGCUGAGAAAUCAGGAAAGCCCAAGGUUCCCGAAGGUGCGGUCUUCGUCCACGCCAGUGGCUUCAUCGGUGGUCACCAGACGAAGGAGGGCGCUCUUGCUAUGGCCAUCCGUGGAUUGGAGUAAAGAGUUGAGUUGCAAUUAACGACAGGUAUGCACUUCUGGUCACGACGGUAAGGGGUUUUGAUAAGAGUUCAUCUAAAAGUCAUAUUGUUUGGAAAGCAGUGAUGUCCUAGGAGUCUUCUAUCGUAGCCCUUUAGACCACCUCUUCAUAAUGCGACGUUGGAUUGCAGGCCGAUGUCGCACCUGCCAUGCACGCCCACCUAUUUCAAUACCUGGCCUGGCAGGUUCCAUUCGACCUUACUGAUCCCUCCAUUGCCCAUCAGCCACAACGUCUUCAGCUCAGGGCCAGUCCAGGCGAAGUUCUGUACCGUGUAAUUGGUUUGAAUCGUCAAG